AUGUUCGACAUCAGCUCACUAAUACAUUUCGGAAACAGCAAUGCGGUGAAAGUCAGCAUCUCAGGGGAGUUGUACGUGUACAUGUCCAAGAGGAGGCAAAAUGGAAAGGAGUUCUCUUCUCCCCUUAUGUACCUUCAUGCGGAUGACGUGGGAAAAAAUAACGACAACACUUCGACUAUUCUCCUUAACAACCAUGCUGAUGAUUACAAGUGGGUAAAAUGUUUUUGCUUCGUUAAGUCCAAUUUUUUAUAUGUGUACAGAGUGAGGGGGGAUUAUCGGCCGUUUAUAAUUUUCCUGUUAGAAGGGAGCGAAGUGCAAGUGGUCGAUUAUUACCUUGCCGUAAAAAAUAAGAUAAUUGAACAAACGAAGGAUCUGCAGCUGGGGGAAAACCAAGACAUCAUUCACAUCAAAACGGCACCAUUCGGAGCAGGUCACACGUACACGUUUUAUUCCACGGAUAAGGGAGUGAUAAAAAAAUGGACCAGGUCUCUGAAAAAUGCGAACUUUUCCUCCAUUAACAACAACGCCAAAUUUAUAAGCGAAGAAAAUGAGGAGAUGAAACUCAGCAUGGACAAUAUGAAGAAGCUUAACGACAUAGAGCUGAAGAAUAAGGACAUUGAAAUAUCUGGUCUACAGGAGAGGAUAAACAGUCUGAAGGCCGACAUAGAAAACAUCAGGAUGAAGAACAAGCGCCUGCAAAUAGCAGCAGACGUGAACAUAAAAAGCGCGGACGAACUACUGCAAAAAAAAAUUACAGAAAUUGAGUUCAUUCACGGGGAAAUGGAGAUAAAAAUGGAAGAAAUCGAACAGCUGAAAGACAAAUUAAGAAGCGCCACCGCAGAAUCGGAGAAGAAAUCCAAACUGGUGAACCAACUCCGGGAGGAAAGAGACCUUCUGGAGAAGAAGCUAAAGGAUAUCAUGGCGACGUACGAAGAGGCCUUCACAGAGCCAGAAAAAAUAGCUCUUGUCAAUUUUAACACGAACGAAAGGUAUCAAAAGUUAGUGGUGAGUCAUAAGCACCUCAAAGAAGACAUUAACAAAAUGAACGAAAGAUUUUACAAACUGGAAAAUGAAUAUAAGGAAAAAAUUAAAACGAUAAAGGAGGUAGUAGAAAUAGGAGAUAUAUUUGACUACCUGCACAAGCUAAUCAUCCUAUGCCAAACAAAGAUCAAGUUUUACGAGCAGUGCUAUAAAUACAGUGAGGAACAACAGAAGGAGAUCACCAAUCUGAUAACAUACAUGAUUAAGGAAACGAAGCUGUCGGAGGCCAAUGCAAGGGUAUGCUACAUUACGCAUAGGUCAAGAAUACUAGAAGAGAGACUACUCCACUACAUGACGAUGAAGCCGCCGUCUGAUUAUUUCCACUUCGCAUGCACCACCUUGAGACGACUAAGUUGGGUGUUUGGGGAAAUCGAAGUGUUAAAGCCAAUGAAAGUAAGUGAUCAGGGUGAGGAGGAGUACCCUCUGUAUUCUUACGUGGACGACAUGAACACAAUUCCAAUGAGAGAAAAAAUAUACUUCAAUGAAGGCCUGGAAGGAAGGGCCAAUUAUCAAAUCGUAAACGACGUCGAUGUGUACGCCAUGCCUGUGAAAAUGUGUCCCUACGAGGAUAAACUACUCACAGAAAAUAAAUACAACUAUGUACAAAUAAAGCUAAAUGAUCUCAAGAAAGACUUUAAUAUUGUUAAGAGGAAGAACAAACCGCAAAGCAAAAACGUCCUGUCCGACCUGCAGUGGGCAGAAAUUAAGAGAAAUGCCUACGACCGGAUGGAAAAAAAUAUGAUCAUUUUGGACAUGCAGAUGAGCGCGCGCCGAGGGGAGGUGGCAACGGAAGUGCCAUCGCGUAUAGAUCGAGCUAGCUAA